GGCGCGAGUCGAACAUGAGCGAGUGAGUAUGCCCUUGGGCAGUCUGUAUGCCGUUUGAGCUCACACAAGGAACAGGGUUAGCUUCCUCAGCAAUGUUGGCAUGGCCAACGACGAAAUCUUCUCAGGUCCCAUGUCUGAGAGUGUGCCCACUGCCAACAGCUCUUUCGCUCACCGUCGUUCGCGCGCAGACUCGACUACCAGCUUCACCUACUACGAUGACCAGGAUGAGGAUCGUGACAUCUCCGACGAAGAGUGGCUCCAAGAAGAAGCCAUCAUCGAUGAAGAAGCUGAGCUGGAAGAAGGCCAUGCUGAUAUCGAGGACGGUAAUGCCUUUGCGGAGCCCGACAUGGACCUGGAAUCCAAUCAUCGUCCUUCUCUACACAGCCGUAAAUCUUCUGGCUACUCCAGAUCAUCUGCACGCAGCCCACUUCUGCGGCGCCGUCGUUCCUCCGACACGGACAGAAGCGUCCGCAGUGGUCACGGAUCGGGCGGAAGGUUGAGCCAGAAAAUUUAUAUUCAAAAUGAGGAUAUGACCAUCGUCGUCGCCGGAUUCAAGACUUCUGUUCUUGGUUACGCUAUUUACCUCUGCAUUUCCAUCUGUACUCUUGGACUUGGUUUUCUGUUGUUUCGCUGGCUGCCACGAUGGCGCGUGCGCUUGACUGGCUCUCCCACCGCCCUGCACAAGUGCGAUUGGUUGGUUAUUGAGAAUCAGUGGAAUGAGAUGGUUGUCCAGCAAUUGAGCAAGCAGAGUUUCGACAUGCCUCUGUCCUCGGUCUUUGGUAUGCCAGGCAAAGGUAAAAUGCGCGAAUUUGACGAGUACAACGAUCCUAUCCUGGACGAACUUCGCAUCAUGGACUACCGCUACAUUCGUUUCUGCUUCCACCCCUUCAAGGACAAGUUCAUUCUUGGAAACACCUGGCAAGAUCCUGCCUGGACAGAUGUUGUCACCAUCCGUGCGGGUAUCGAUGGUGAAGAGCAAGAAAACCGCGAGCGUAUCUUCGGCAAGAACAUGAUCGAUAUCGAGCAGAAGUCGAUUGGCCAACUUCUCGUUGAUGAAGCUCUGCAUCCUUUCUACAUCUUCCAGAUUGCCAGUCUGUUCCUCUGGUCUGUGGACGAAUACUACUACUAUGCUGCCUGCAUUUUUGUCAUCUCGAUUGUGAGUAUUGCAUCAACAUUGGUUGAAACAAGAGCGACCAUGGCACGUCUCCGUGAGAUUUCGCGUUUCGAAUGCGACAUCCGUGUUCUCAGAAGUGGUUUCUGGCGUUAUGUUCAGUCUUGCGAUCUUGUUCCAGGAGACGUCUAUGAGAUUACAGACCCGAAUCUCUCGCAGUUCCCUUGCGACAGUCUUUUACUUUCUGGUGACUGCAUUGUCAACGAGAGUAUGCUCACUGGAGAAUCCGUACCUGUUUCCAAGGUUCCGACGACUGACGAAUCUCUGGAACUCCUCGAUUUGAGCGCUUCAUCUAUCCAUCCCGAGGUUGCGAGAAACUUCUUGUUCAGUGGUACUAAAAUUAUUCGCGCACGCAGGCCGCAGGAGGACAAGAGUGAUGAAGCCGCUGCUCUUGCGCUUGUCGUUCGCACAGGUUUCAAUACUACCAAAGGAGCACUGGUUCGCUCCAUGCUUUUCCCUAAGCCAUCUGGAUUCAAAUUCUACCGAGACUCUUUCCGCUACAUUGCAGUCAUGGCGGGAAUUGCCAUGGUUGGCUUUGUUGCUUCAUUCAUCAACUUUGUUCGCCUUGGGCUUGCCUGGCAUCUCAUCGUUGUCCGAGCACUGGAUCUCAUCACUAUUGUCGUCCCACCUGCGCUACCUGCUACGCUCACAAUCGGUACCAAUUUUGCUCUGUCUAGACUGAAGAAGAAGUACAUCUUCUGCAUCAGUCCUCAAAGAGUGAACGUUGGCGGCAAACUCGACGUGGUAUGCUUUGACAAGACUGGCACUUUAACCGAGGAUGGUCUCGACGUACUCGGAACUCGUGUAGUACAUCGACCUGCGAACAGAUUCAGCGACAUCCUCAACGACUCUACCGCCCUUCUUCCUGGAGCCACUUAUGAGCGCGACCCUACAGUCGACUACAACGCAAACAAGGCAAUCUUGUACACUAUGGCUACUUGCCAUUCUCUACGGAUCGUCGAUGACGAGUUCGUCGGUGACCCUCUGGACCUCAAGAUGUUCCAGUUCACUGGCUGGCAAUACGAAGAAGGCUCCGAGCGACCCGGCGCCACCGAUGAGGACGACCAAAACUCUCUUUCGCCCUCUGUAGCCCGCCCCCCACCUGGAAUGGAACUUGAUCUGGAUGAAGACGAAACCUCCCCUAAUAACAAGCGUCCAAUUGAACUCGGUGUUCUCAAGUCCUUUGAGUUCGUCUCUCAGUUGAGACGUGCGAGUGUUGUCGUUCGUCAAUUCGGUGACCCAAGUGGUAACGUCUACGUCAAGGGUGCUCCCGAAUGUAUGAAGGAGAUCUGCCGUCCUGACAGCUUCCCUCCGGACUACGAAGAGCUGCUUAGUUACUACACACAUCGUGGUUUCCGUGUUAUUGCUUGUGCAACUAAACAUAUUUUCAAGCUCAACUGGUUGAAGGUGCAGAAAAUGAAGCGUGAAGAGGCAGAAUCAAACCUCGAGUUUGUUGGUUUCAUCAUCUUCGAGAACAAGCUCAAGCCAACCACGACCGGCAUCAUUGAAGAGCUUCGGGACGCCAACAUCCGCACUGUGAUGUGCACUGGCGACAAUAUCCUGACUGCCAUCAGUGUUGCCAGGGAAUGUAACUUGAUUGACAGAUCUGCUCAUUGUUUCGUGCCGCACUUCGUCGAAGGCGACUCGAGGACAGCGCUAUCCCGUUUGAGCUGGGAAAGCGUGGAUAACCCAGCCUAUCAGCUUGACGACAAUACUCUUAAGCCAUUGCCUCCGCCUGCCGAACACGACUCCUCAUUGCCUUAUGACGUUUCGAACCUGCGCAACUACUCUAUCGCAGUCAGUGGUGAUGUCUUCCGCUGGCUCGUCGACUUCGCUUCGCCAAAGGUCCUUCGUGAGAUGCUUGUCUGUGGUCAGGUGUUUGCACGCAUGUCCCCUGAUGAGAAGCAUGAACUAGUGGAGAAACUUCAGAGCAUUGACUACUGCUGUGGAUUCUGCGGAGAUGGUGCCAACGACUGUGGUGCUCUCAAGGCCGCAGAUGUGGGCAUCUCACUCUCGGAGGCAGAAGCUUCGGUUGCUGCGCCCUUCACAAGUCGUAUUUUCGACAUCUCUUGCGUGCCAGAGGUCAUCCGUGAAGGAAGAGGAGCGUUGGUCACAAGUUUCAGCUGCUUCAAGUACAUGUCUUUGUACUCGGCUAUUCAGUUCACCUCCGUGAGCUUCCUCUAUGCUUCUGCAUCUAACCUCGGAGACUUCCAGUUCUUGUUCAUUGACUUGGCUCUCAUUCUUCCAAUUGCCAUCUUUAUGGGUUGGACUGGUCCAUACCCCGUUCUCUCUAAGAAGAGGCCUACCGCCAGCUUGGUCUCACGUAAGGUCCUUACUCCUCUUCUCGGUCAGAUCAUCAUUUGUGUCUUGACUCAACUCGUUGGGUGGGAAAUCGUGCAACGCCAACCUUGGUAUCAGCCACCAGUUCUGGACAAGGAACAUUCCAACUCGCAAAACUCACAAAACACAACACUCUUCCUCAUUUCUUGCUUCCAGUACAUUCUUUCGGCGAUUGUGCUCAGCGUCGGCCCUCCUUUCCGGCAAUCUAUGACACAAAAUCUGCCGUUCGUCAUUACUAUGGUCGUAGCUGUUGGAGUAUCUGCCUAUAUGCUGUUCGACCCUGCUCCAUGGCUCGUCGAUCUGAUGGAGCUGACGGACAUGUCAAUAAGCUUCCAGGUGUUCAUCUUGGUACUUGCCAUCGGAGGCUUCGCCUGUUCGUACCUCGCUGAGAGAGUCGUGUUCCCUCCUCUUUCAAAGUGGAUCGGUAAAGCGAAUGCCAAACUACGACCAAGCCACCAGAAGAAGAGAAAGGAGUACAAGCUCAUUGCGGAGAGCAUGCGCAUCUAAGGUUGACAAACGAAGCCAGAGGCUUUCAUAGAUAGAUGAAUGGCUAUAGUUCCAUUGUAUAGAGUACACAUAUGCGCAAAGCGUUCAGCGGACGAUUUUGGACGAGCACAUGUGUUCGAGCUGUCCUGACACAGUGACUGUUCAGUGUUCGUUGUCGUGAGAUUGUGGUAGACGUCAUGGCAGAGGGUAUCAGGACUUCGCGACUCAUCAGUUUCGACGUCGUCUGCUCCUUCCCGCUCCAUGCUUUGUACUUCCUCGUCAGUAAGAUACCACAUCGAGUCUGUACUGUAUCUGAUAUGUCUUUAGCUGUGG